AUGCAGCCGGAGCCUGCACCCGCCCGAUCGGGGACCCAGCAGGAUUCUACGCUGCCCUCCAUGUCCACCAUGCCUCCCCCGGGGUCUCCCUCCGAAAGCCAGCAGCCCAGCCCGGACCACAGCCCCACAGAGCAAACUACGGAGGAGUUCCAGUUCCUGCGCUGCCAGGGCUGUCAGGCAGAAGCCAAGUGCCCCAAGCUGCUGCUUUGCCUGCACACAGUGUGCUCAGGAUGCCUGAAGCCCCCAGACAUGCAGUGCCCUAUCUGCCAGGAGGCCCUUCCUCCUGACGCUGAUGGACUGGUCCUGGAUAACAUCUUUUUUGAGAGUCUGCAGCGACGCCUGUCAGUGUACCAGCAGAUUGUGGAUGCGCAGGCCGUGUGCACCCGCUGCAAAGAGCCCGCAGACUUCUGGUGCUUUGAAUGCGAGCAACUCCUCUGCGCCAAGUGCUUUGAGGCGCACCAGUGGUUCCUCAAGCACGAGGCCCGGCCCCUGGCAGAGCUCCGCGGCCAGGCGGUAUGCCAGUUCCUGGAUGCCACGCGCAAGUCCAACAACAUCUUCUGCUCCAACUCCAACCACCGCAACCCUACACUGACUAGCAUCUACUGCCGAGGCUGCUCCAAGCCGCUGUGCUGCUCUUGUGCGCUCCUGGACAGCGGUCACAGUGACCUCAAGUGCGACAUCACCUCAGAGAUCCAACAGCGGCAGGAAGAGCUGGACACCAUGACGCAGGCAUUGCAGGAGCAGGACAGCGCCUUCGGCAUGGCGCAGGCGCAAAUGCGGUCAGCUGUUAGCCAGCUGGGGCGUGUGCGCACCAACGUGGAGGAGCUGAUCCGCUCACAUGUACGCCAGCUAGUAGCCCAUGUGCAGGAGCAGGAAAAGGAACUGCUGGAGGCAGUGAACAUGCGAUAUCAGAGCGAGUACAAGAAGAUCGCCGGCCAGUUGGGCCAACUAGACGCCGUGCUGCAGCGCAUCCGCACGGGCAGCGUGCUCGUGCAGAGGAUGAAGCGCUAUGCCUCGGACCAGGAGGUGCUGGACAUGCACGGCUUCCUACGAGAGGCGCUCCGCCGCCUGCACCAAGAGGAGCCCCAGAGACUGCAAGCAGCUGUGCGCGCUGAUAGCUUCGAGGAAUUCAAGGAGCGCCUGCAGGACCUCGUCUCCUGCAUCACCCAGGGAACAGAUGCAGCUUUACCCAGGAGAGCCAGCCCAGAGGCUACCAGCACUUCAAGGGAGCCUUCUGACGUUGAUCUGCCAGUGGGGACACAGAUAGCUCAGGUGCAGGCCCUGGGGCUGGCUGAGGCUCAACCUGUGGCCGUUGUACAGCCGGUGCCAGGGACACACCCCGUGCCGAUGUAUGCCUACUCCAUCAAAGACCCCUCCUAUAGAGAGGAGGUUUCCAACACAGCCACGCCACAGAAGAGGAGGAAGUCCUGCCAGACCGAGUGCCGCAGGAAGGUUAUCAAGAUGGAGUCGGAGGAAGAGAAGGAGGCCAGGUUGUCCCUGAGCUCCCCUGAGCAGCCCAGGCCCAGCACCUCCAAGGAAGUCUCACCACUGCCCCUGGAGGGGUCCCAGAGCCCUGAGAGCCACACUGCAGGAAAUGAGGAAUUACUGCUCAACAGCAACCAUGAGAUUGGCGACUCUGGGGAGGCAGAGGAGCGCAUUGUGGUGAUCAGCAGCUCAGAGGACUCAGAUGCCGAAAACUCGUCUUUCCGAGAGCUGGAUGACAGCAGCAGCGAGUCCAGUGACCUUCAGCUGGAGGGCCCCAACUCCCUCAGGGUCCUGGAUGAGAGCCUCACAGACCUCCAAUCAGAAGUCAGGCCCCUGGUUUUCUUUGACCUCAAGAUUGACAAUGAAACCCAGAAGAUUAGGCAGCUGGCAGCCGUGAACCAGGAAAGCAAAUUUCGAGUGCUCAUCCAACAAGAGGCUUUCAGCGUCUACUCCAAGGCUGUCUCCCUGGAGGUGGGGCUACAGCACUUCCUCCGCUUCCUGAGCUCCAUGUGCCGUCCCAUCCUGGCCUGCUAUAAGCUGUGGGGGCCCAGCCUCCCCAACUUCUUCCGGGCCCUGGAGGACAUGGACAAGCUAUGGGAGUUCCAGGAGGCCAUCUCCGGCUUCCUGGCCACUCUGCCCCUCAUCCAGGAGCGAGUGCCCCAGGCCAGCAGCUUCAAACUCAAGAGUUUGGCCAAGACCUACCUGGCAAGAAACAUGAGUGAACACAGUGCGCUGGCCACUGUGCUGACCAUGCGUGACCUGUGCCGCCUCCUUGAGGUCUCCCCGGGCCCCCAGCUGGCCCAGCAUUUCUACCCCUUCAGCAACCUGCAGUGCUUCGGAUCCCUGCAACCCCUGGUGCAGGCAGCCGUCCUGCCCUGGGCCGAGGCCCGCCUCCUGGCCCUCCACAACGUGAGCUUUACGGAGCUGCUGACUGCACAUUGUCGAGACCCACAGAAGGGCUUGAAGAAGUACAGCCGGUAUCUACAGGCCACCUCAUCGCCCCCUGCACAGCCUGCUCUCAACUUGCAAGCUAUGAGUACCUACUUCAAGAGCCUGAUGGAAGGGCCAGCCUUGGCAGGGGGAGAGGGCAUCUCUACCCCUCUUGCUAGCCACAGGUUGGCCCAAAGGGCUUCCCAGAACAGCUGA